ACGGGCGGGCUGGACUACAAGUCCCGGCGUGCCCCGCGGCCGCCGGCUUCCACCUGGGAGCGCGAGCCACAAAGCCGGUUAGAGCCGUCACCGGCCGCCGCCGCUGCUGUUCGGGCCGCCGCCCGCCCCGCGCCCCCGAGAGCCCGCGCCCCGCGCCCGCCCGCGCCAUGACGGAGGGCACGUGCCUGCGGAGGAGGGGCGGCCCCUACAAGACGCCCCCCGCCACGGAGCUGAGCCGCUGGCGCCUGGCCAACGAGGAGGGCCGGCAGCGCUGGACCUACGGCCCGGGGACGGACGCCCAGAGAGCCCUGGAGGCCCACGCCGUGGGCCUGGACACGACCAAAUUCUUCCCGGAGCUGCCCCCCGCCCGCUCGGCCCGAGAAGGGGCCUGGAAGGGCAUGAAGUUCUACUCGCAGCUCCAGGCCGAGGACGGCCACUGGCCCGGGGACUACGGGGGCCCCCUCUUCCUGCUGCCAGGCCUCCUGAUCACGUGUCGUGUGGCCAACAUCUCCCUCCCAGCUGGGUACCGAGAGGAAAUGGAGCGCUACUUGCGAUCUGUGCAGCUUCCCGAUGGCGGCUGGGGCCUGCACGUGGAGGAUAAGUCGACGGUGUUUGGCACGGCCCUGAACUACGUGUCUCUGCGGCUCCUGGGGGUGGGACCGGACGAUCCUGCCUUGGUGCAGGCCAGGACCAACCUUCACGAGAAAGGCGGGGCUCUUGGAAUCCCUUCGUGGGGGAAGUUUUGGCUGGCCAUCCUGAACGUUUACAGCUGGGAAGGGCUGAACACCCUCUUCCCCGAGAUGUGGCUCUUUCCUACCUGGGCCCCCGCUCACCCCUCGACGCUGUGGUGCCAUUGCCGCCAGGUGUACCUGCCCAUGAGCUACUGCUACGCCAUGCGGGUGCAGGGCCCCGAGGACGAGCUGGUUCGGAGCCUCCGGCAGGAACUUUACAUCGAGGAUUAUUCCAGCAUAGACUGGCCGGCCCACAGAAAUCACGUGGCCGCCUGUGACCUCUACACGCCCCACAGCUGGCUGCUCCACCUGGUCUAUGCGGUGCUUAACCUGUAUGAGCGCUACCACCUCCCAAGCCUGAGGAAGCUGGCGGUGGCCGAGGUGUACGACCACAUAACCGCCGACGACCGCUUCACCAAGUGCCUCAGCAUCGGCCCGAUCUCUAAAACGAUCAACAUGCUUGUUCGGUGGUAUGUGGAUGGGCCAGCCUCGCCGGCAUUCCAAGAACACGUCUCCAGAAUUCCAGAUUACAUGUGGUUGGGGCUCGAUGGCAUGAAAAUGCAGGGCACCAAUGGCUCUCAGCUCUGGGAUACAGCAUUUGCCAUCCAAGCUUUCCUGGAGGCUGGGGCUCACCACAUGCCUGAAUUUUCAUCUUGCUUGAGGGAUGCCCACGAGUUCCUUCGGAUCACCCAGAUUCCAGAUAAUCCUGAAAACUACCAGAAAUAUUAUCGUCAGAUGAACAAGGGCGGCUUCCCCUUCAGCACGCGGGACUGUGGCUGGAUCGUGGCUGACUGCACGGCGGAGGGCUUGAAGUGUCUCCUCCUCCUGCAAAAGAAGUGUCCUUUCCUCAGAGAGCCCGUCCCCAAGGAGAGACUCUACGAUGCUGUCAACGUGCUGCUGAGCAUGAGGAACUCGGACAGUGGGUUUGCCACCUAUGAGAAGAAGCGAGGUGGCCGGCUGUUGGAAUUACUGAACCCCUCCGAGGUGUUUGGAGACAUCAUGAUCGACUACUCUUACGUGGAGUGCACGUCGGCCGUCAUGCAGUCGCUGAAGCACUUCCAGGACUGUUACCCGGAGUACAGAGCCGAGGACAUAAGGCUGACUCUGAGGGAGGGGCUGCGCUACUGCCGGCAGGUGCAGAGGGACGAUGGCUCGUGGGAAGGGUCCUGGGGAGUGUGCUUCACCUACGGGGCCUGGUUCGGGUUGGAAGCCUUUGCCUGCAUGGGCCACACCUACAACGCCAGCGGGGAGGCCCCUCCAGAGGUGGUGAAAGCCUGCGAAUUCCUGCUCUCCAAGCAAAUGGAGGACGGCGGCUGGGGAGAGAACUUUGAGUCUUGUGAACAAAGGCGAUACGUGCAGAGUGACCAGUCUCAGCUCUUCAACACCUGCUGGGCCCUGCUGGGGCUGAUGGCGGCCAGGCAUCCGGACACCGAGGCCAUCGAGAGAGGAGUGAGGUGUGUGCUUGGAAAGCAGGAGCCCAAUGGAGACUGGCCUCAGGAGAACAUCGCCGGGGUCUUUAACAAGAGCUGCGCCAUCAGCUACACGUCUUACCGGAAUGUGUUCCCCAUCUGGACUCUGGGCCGCUUUUCCCGCCUGUAUCCCCAGAGUCCCCUCGCCGGCAAGGUGGUGAUGUGAGCCCCAAGUGCAGGGAGCCCCGGCCAGGGCGGAGCCACCAGCCACAGACCUUGGGAUGUGGGCGCCCCGUGGCCGGGGACGGGGUGAUGCACCCUUUGAGGCCCGUUCUCCUGUCCCGCCGACACUUAGACCUCUCACCCCGCUUUUGGUUGGAUUCUCCCCCGGGUCAUCCU